AGUGAAUGGCCAUAGCAUACCGUAUUACCGUAUAAUACAUCAUAAUUCCUAAUCUUUUUCCAUUUCCACACGUUUUCACUUUGCUCCUCCUACGGUAAUUGACACUGCUACCGGUCAUUUUAGUCUAAUGACCACUGCGGAGGAUUUAGAAUUGUCGGAUUCAGACAAGGUACAACCUUGGAGCACAGACAGCGGCAUGGAAUCAAUGACGGACAGCAAUAAGGAUGUGACACCAAUGUCAGAAAACUUCGAUGACGACGAAGAAGAUGAAACUUUGGGUGAACGUCUAUGGGCGUUAACUGAAAUGUUUCCAGAUUCUCUAAGAAACGGUACCGAAAAAAUAGUUAAUACCGCUGGUAAAGUUAUCUUAGAAACUUAUUUAUUUGCGUGUACUUCGACAUGGUAUGUCUCAACAACAGCGGCUCUAUUACUUAUGCCCGUAUUAUUUGAAACUGAACGCAUACAAAUGGAAGAAGCGCAGAAAAAUCAUUCAAAACAACUGCUUCUUGGUCCUGGUAGUGGUGGCAACUUGGGUGGAGGAACUACUAUGCUGCCUAAUUAAUAUAUUUUCAUCGUAUAUUAUAUUUUUAACCUAUCUACCUUAGUUUAUUAUUUUGCCGAAUAAAUAUUUGUAUUAAAUCUAUUUAGUCUUGAA